AUGGGAGGCAUUGGUAAGACUACUCUUGCUAAAAUCAUCUACAACAAGCUCUCCAAUCAAUUUGAGCAUCGUAGCUUCAUUGCUGAUGUAAGGGAAACAUGUGAUGAUAGGAGACUUGUGUACUUGCAAAAUCAGUUAAUCAAGGAUAUAUUGAAGCAAGAAAAUCAAGUUUCUAAUAAGGAUGAAGGGAUUCGGCUCAUUUCAUCCAAGUUUAAUGGUAAGAAAGUCCUUAUUCUUCUCGAUGAUGUGAGCAAUGAUGAUCAAUUGAAGGCUUUGGCCAGAAAUCAUAAUUGGUUUUCUUCGGGAAGUGUGAUCAUCAUUACCACCCGAAACAAAAGUAUUCUUGACAAUGCUGGGGUGGACAACCAGUAUGAACUUGAGGAAUUGGAUAAGGAUAACUCUUUGAUUUUGUUUAGUAGACAUGCUUUUCGAAGGGACUCUCCUCCAAGUGAAUUUAAGGACCUCACUCAUGUUAUUGUUUUUACCACUGGAGGGCUUCCCUUAUCUCUCGAGGUCUUAGGGUCAUUUUUGUGUGGAAAAAGGAAAAAGUAUGGGGAGACACAAUAA